AUGCGUGACGUGUAUCUUGCUCAUGGGCGCUCUACCACGCACCCAUACCCACGACUCCCGUCCCAGAAAAUGAAAAAUGACAUGCCAACGCUUAAGCUGCCGUUCUGCGUGAUAUCGAUUGAGGGUGCCCUCGACGGUCGUGGCGCGUACACGUUCGUGCUGGUUGCUUAUGAGGUUAUUGACACCUUGAACUCACUGAACCUCGUACCUCCGCCGCCCAUGGUACACAAGGACGACGCCCUACACACGUUCGACGACUCGCUGUCCAUCCACAUGGCAGAUGGAUGGCUGGUCCCGGGUCCCGGGGGUGUGCCUACCCGCAUCGCCCGACGACGGAGCUCGGGAGGGAGGGGCUAUGGAAAGGCCGCGGUACUCACCUUCCACGCGAUCGCCAAUGUCCCAGAGUACCACCACCCACCCACCACGUUAAUUUUAAUCCCAUCCGCGAACGGGGUGCAAGCUACUUCUCCGAUGGCUGUUGAGAACGGGGGUGGAGGCUGA